ACUCUCUCUUGUACAAAUCAUCAAUCGUCUCCAUUACACCCUUCUCUCUCUCUCUCUCUCUCUCUCUAGCUUUUUGUUUUUGAUUUGUUCGUUUACUUGCUGGUUUCUGUUAAAUCGGGACAGCUUUGGGAGGAAUCGCGACCGUGGAACUUCGAGGCUUCUCUGUGACGAAUGCUUCAUUUCUGAUUUUGCCAGAGAGGGAGAGGGAGAAAGAUCGGAGGUUGAAUCGUGUUUAGAGAGAUGAACGCGGUAGGGAGACAGGGACAGAGAUCCGGUGCAUCGGCGGUGCACCACCAGCGUCAGUACUCGGACAAUUUCGUGGACGCGUCAUCGUCUAACGGGCGGUGGUUUCAAUCUGCCGGUCUUCAGCACCUCCAGGACUACACUUACUAUGGCGGCGGUCAGGGUUCGAGAAUGUCAAGGAAUGCGCCGAGGAGCUUCAAUGGCGGGAUUGAGUACUUCACUGAGCCGUCGACUCCUCCAGGUAACUCGCGGCCUUUUAGCCACCGGAAGAACGGCGAGGACCCCGAUUCCCCAGGUGGAUUCAGUCCCGGACUUCUAGAUCUGCACUCUUUUGACACGGAGCUUCUUCCCGAGAGACCUGUUCCUGGACUAUACAAUGCCCCUUCUUUAUAUCGUUCCAUUCCAGCUCGAAGCUUGGAUGACACUGAGCAAUACCUUGCAAGUAGCAAGCAAACUUUUGGAGUUCGUGGUGUGCCUGAUAACAACCUUGUGAAAAGUUUUGCUGCAGAUAAAGAGAAGGCUAGUAAUGUUGCGAAAAUUAAAGUUGUGGUGCGCAAAAGGCCAUUGAAUAAAAAGGAGCUGGCAAAGAAUGAGGAAGAUAUCAUAACUAUAGAGCCACGCUCUAGUUCUCUAACAGUUCAUGAGACUAAACUUAAGGUUGACCUAACAGAGUAUGUGGAAAAGCAUGAAUUUGUUUUUGAUGCAGUGCUGAAUGAGGAGGUUUCUAAUGAUGAGGUAUACCGUGAAACUGUGGAGCCCAUAGUCCCAAUAAUAUUUCAGCGUACAAAAGCAACUUGCUUUGCCUAUGGGCAAACAGGAAGUGGAAAAACUUACACUAUGAAACCGUUGCCUCUUAAGGCAUCACGUGAUAUCUUGAGACUCAUGCACCAUACCUACCGCAACCAAGGCUUUCAUUUGUUUGUCAGCUUCUUUGAGAUAUAUGGAGGAAAACUUUUUGAUCUCCUCAAUGAACGGAAAAAACUUUGCAUGAGAGAGGAUGGCAAACAACAAGUUUGCAUUGUGGGUUUGCAAGAGUACAAGGUCUCAGAUGUGGAUACCAUCAAGGAUCUCAUUGAGAAAGGAAGUGCUACAAGAAGUACAGGCACCACAGGUGCAAAUGAGGAAUCUUCAAGAUCACAUGCUAUUCUUCAACUUGUUAUUAAGAAAUCAGUUGAUGGCAAUGAAUCUAAGCCUCCCAGAGUUGUUGGAAAGCUGUCCUUCAUAGAUCUUGCUGGAAGUGAACGUGGUGCAGACACUACUGACAAUGACAAACAGACAAGAAUGGAAGGUGCUGAGAUUAAUAAAAGCUUGCUCGCAUUGAAGGAAUGCAUAAGAGCUCUUGACAAUGAUCAGGGUCAUAUUCCUUUUAGAGGCAGUAAAUUAACUGAAGUCCUGAGAGAUUCAUUUGUUGGAGACUCUAGAACUGUUAUGAUCUCGUGCAUUUCCCCAAAUGCAGGAUCAUGUGAACAUACUCUCAACACAUUGAGAUAUGCUGACAGGGUGAAGAGCCUUUCAAAAGGGAAUAAUGCCAAGAAGGAUACCUUGUCAUCCACCUUAAACUUGAAGGAAUCAACAAUGUUGCCCUUAUCAUCAGUCUUACCACCUGGGUCAAACUUUGAAGAUGAUAUAGGUGAUUCAUGGCCUGAACAUGACAGAGAGGAAUUUGAUGUUUUUGAAGAGUUCCAAGAGCCGGAGAAGCCAUUGUGGAAGAAGAAUGGGAAAGUUGAAGCAUACAAUUACUCAAUUGCGGAGGAUAAAGUGAGGAAAGCCAAUGGGCAAACUAAAUUGAAGGACCCUCCGAGGUUAGACAGAAAAACCUCACAUGUUGAUGAUGAUUUGAAUGUGCUCUUAAAGGAAGAGGAAGAUCUUGUGAAUGCUCAUAGGAAACAAGUGGAGGAGACCAUGGAUAUAGUUAGAGAGGAGAUGAACCUGCUGGUUGAGGCAGAUAAACCAGGAAAUCAGUUGGACGAUUACAUCUCUAGAUUGAAUGCGAUCCUGUCGCAGAAGGCUGCUGGCAUUGUACAACUACAAAGCCGAUUAGCUCAUUUUCAGAGACGCCUUAAGGAGCACAAUGUUCUGGUGUCAUCUUCCGGCUACUAGCUUUUGUAUUUGGAAGAAUGGAAGUCCAUCUGGGUGAUUGGCUUGCUUUGUUACGGCUAUUGUUGGUUGACUGUCAGGUAGCAUAUUUUGCUGCCAGGCUCUGAAGCCUUCUGCAAUUUCCCAGAUGGUUUCUGUCAUAAGCAAAUUCUUUCUAUAUACAGCCAAAAUCCAGGGGUUACAUUUUUCUAUAUACAGCCAAAUUAUGAUUCACAUUGAUGAAUUUUCAUUUAUUCUCUGUUCUUGUUGUCCAAUUUACACCAAGACUAUUGUAAUUCCCCAUGCAUGCUAAUAUGCAUGAUCUUGUAAAGCUUUGCACCUUAAUCAGGGUGAACUGGGUAUAUACUUUCAUUCUAGUUGAA